UGAAGGACGCGACGGUGUGAUGGCGUCGGUAGUCGGCUCUUGUGUUUUAAAAUUGAAAUUAAAUAGAUGAGUAUAGUUCCUUAGUGUUGUAAUUUAAUUAGUUAUGUACGCCUUAGUAUAGCAAUAAUAUUUUCUGUGAAAAUAUUAAUAAUUUGUGAUAAUGGAAGGCAAAAGUACUGACUGGGUACGGGGGCCCAGCGGCCCCACAGUUUGCCGAUGUUGUUUUGCCGAAGGCUGUUAUAAAGACAUUUCUACCGAAUAUUUUUGGAUGGGGAAGAAAGAAGUUUACUGCGAGAUGCUAACGGAGACAUUCGACCUAAGUAUUGCCUUCGCCCAAACUUCAGGGCCGAACAGCAACAGCCGUCUCAUCUGUGAGCCGUGCAUAUCCCGGCUGCGGGAUGCCUCGGAGUUCAAGAAGCAGGUUCAGGAGUGCGAGAAGAUGUUCAUGCAGUAUUUGGACCCGGGACGGAGUACAGUUGAGGAGAUUCAGUUGGAGAUCACCCAAGAGCCGAUGGAGAAGGGGGUGAAACUUGAACCAGUGAAGCUGGAGAAGAAUCAGAGCGAUGACGACUUCGACGACCGAGGUGGCUUCGAAGACAUGGACGAGGAUGACCUCGACGACCAGCCGCUAACCAAACUAGCCAGCAAGGUGCCUAAGAAGGAGUCCGUAGACCUUCUAGACCUCCUCGACAACGCCAAGGCUGAAAAACGGAAGUCCUCCACUAAAGCUAAAGCGAGCCCGGCCAAGAAAGCUAAAACUAAGAAGGAGACGCCUAAAGCGACUGUUAGCAAACCUAAACCGGAGAAGAAGAAAAAAGGACAGAACGAAGAAGCCAAUCAGGCUAACAAGGAUACGACUGCAGCUAAAAAUACUGAGGAGGAAAACCUGGCAUGGCGCGAGUACCUCCUGAGUAACGUUAAUACUAUCGUCUCCACAACCACGGCUUACCCAUUUAAGUACAGGCCCAUCCUAAACGGAACGAAAUUUCAAUGUUAUUAUUGCCCUGAUGCGUUCUCCGAUCCGGCAGAAUUGAGGAACCACAAUCGUGACCGUCAUUUCCAAGAAAAAAUUCCAAAACCAAGAAAAUAUAAACCCAUUAAGAUAGACUUCACAGCUGCAUCGUGUAAGGUGUGUGCUGCUGAUAUUCCAAACUACUCUAUUCUAAAAAGCCAUUUGACAGAACACGGUAGAGCCAUAGAUACCGAGCAUGGAGAAAGCAUCUCGCCAUAUUGUCUGGGCUCAGAACCACUCACUUGCCAGAUUUGCGACAAACAGUUUAAUAAAUUUGUGUCAUUAAUUAGACAUAUGUUCGAGCACUCCGAUUAUCUCAGAUGCAAAAAUUGUUGUCAAUCAUUUGACUCUCACGCACAACUUGAAACUCAUGUACGAGGAAAUAAAUGUGUCGAGUACGCAAAGAAAUCUCUUGAUAUCAAAAGUGCAUUAAAAGAUACAAGUAAGAAAAUUGCAGAUUUCGGUGGAGACGCCAACAGAAAGGACAAAUAUGCUAAAUUAAGAAAUAGCGUUUCUAUGAUAAUAAGCACGACCACAGUCUACCCUUUUAAGUAUACAAGGGGCGCGUUUCAAUGUUACUACUGCGACACUACGUCUCUAGACCCUGACGAGAUUCGAAGCCACAACCGAACUCAACAUAAUGAAUUUAAAUCGUGGCCAAUAAGCACCAAUCUUCAAAUAUCAUCUGACGAUAAGCAUUUAAAAAUGGACUUUGAGGACGCUUCUUGCAAGCUUUGUUUGGCUGAGGUUCCGGACUAUCCUACGUUAAAGAGCCACUUAGCCGAACACGGCAAAAUCUUAGACAUCUCCCUUAGCAAGAGCCUGAUUCCAUACAAAUUGAUCAAAGAUGCUAUCGUUUGUGCAAUAUGCAAUAAAACCUACCAAUCGUUUGUAGCUCUACACAGACACAUGAGUGUACAUUUUGCACGUAGCAUUUGUGACCAAUGUGGCAAAGGUUUUAAAAGUAAGAUGUCACUUGACGCCCAUCGCCUCACUCAUGAAAGUGGCGUGUUCACUUGCAAGGAGUGCGAUAAAACGUUCCCGAUCCUUUCACGUCUUCAUUAUCACACUGUUAAAGUACACCGGCGAAAGACGACACGCACAGUAUACAAAUGCGUAAUUUGUAAAAAGGAUUUUCUUACUUACAGAACAAAGUUGAUACACUUGUCCCUAGUGCAUGGAAAUAAAAUGCCGGAGUUCCCCUGCCCCUCCUGCGAUAAGGUCUUUAAUGUACGCAGCAAUUUGACCAACCAUAUAAAAAUGAGUCACUUGAAACGAGAUAAAAUACACGCGUGCACCUUGUGUGACAUGAAGUUUUCUGUCAAAGCCCAUCUUCGGGAUCAUUUGGUGAAACAUAACGGCGAAAAAAAGUUUCAGUGUGAUAUUUGUAAGAAGGCGUAUGCCAGGUUUAAGACUCUGCGGGAACACAUGCGCAUUCAUAACGACGACCGGCGGUUCGCGUGUGCCGUGUGUGGACUGACCUUCAUACAGAAGUGUAGUAUGAAGCACCACAUGAAGGUGCAUCACCCCACGGAGUUUAAACAAGAAUUUGAGCCAUGCUCAUCAUCUACCUGUUGAAAUUUUAAUUAUGAUUUAGAUAGUCUUCCUAAUCUCUUUAAUGCUACUAUGAACCAAUGUCUACACAAUAUAGAAAUGAUUAAGUUUUUAGACAGAGUUCAAAAAUUAAUUUUAUCAACGUAAUUGACAUCUGAUAAUAAAAUUGAUAUCAAUUAUUGUUUAUAUCUGAUCGAACACUGUAAAGAGAGAGCCAAUAGUCUUUAAAAUCAAAGAGUGUGGAAGAAGUUAUGAGAUGUUUCUGAGAUUACUUACAUAAUACAUAUAUCAGAGCAUUUUGAAAAUUUGGGACCGUAAGUUGUUAUCAAAAAUUUACUCACUGUCAGUUAUGUGACGACAGUAAAAUUAACCAUAAAAGUUCAAUAAAAAUAUGGUUUUCGUGUUAGUUGCAUAAACUUUAAGCAAUAUUCUACAUUCAGAAUGUAAAAAAAAACUAAAAUUUUAGACAUUUUAUGCUUAAUUGUCGUCACAAAACUGACAGCGAAUUAAUUUUUGUUAACGACUUGCGCUAAUUGGGGGGACCCAGAUUCUGAAAAUGCCCAUCAACGACCACAACGAACAAAGUAUUUGUGAUCAAUUCGUGAAAAAGUUCGUGGCUUUGCAACCACACUCGUUCACAUAAUACCUUCUCUUUCUUCUAUGUCGCAUAAUUAAGAUUUAUUUCGGCUCAGACUACGAAAUAAUAAAUAGCAAUUUCUUAUUAAAAUGUACACUUCUUCCUCUCUUAUUUUAAGUCUGUAAUAUUGCUCUUUACUUUAAGUUCUGUACUAAAGUUUACUAGAUGGUAGUUGCUUAAUUGAUGACAAUGAUUACUUCAAUAAUUCUGAUUGUAUUUUUUCAUGUAAAUAAAAUGUUGAAAUAUUCUGAUUUGAAAUAUAUCGUUCUUUUAAGUCCACAUUCCAUCGCCAGUUAGGCAUUUUAAAUGUUUUCCUGAUA